ACAAACCAAUAUGGACACCUCGUAGCACAAGGUGUUGUUAACGUUAUUGAAUAGUUUUCUCUGAGAUAGAAAGGGAAAUCCAGAUAGAGACCGUAAGGUUAUAUACAUUAAUACUUCAAUGAAAUACUUGUGUUAAGAAGAGGUUUGAUUGUGAGGAGAAUGAAUUUCUCCUUUGCUGGAUGUGGAUUUUUAGGAAUUUACCAUGUCGGAGUUGCGAGCUGUUUGAAACAACAUGUCCCACAGUUGGUAGACAAUGUGAAAUUCGGAGGUGCUAGUGCUGGGGCCAUUGUUGCCUGCUGUUUGAUGUGCGAUUGCUGUUUGGGAAAAUGUACAAGCUUUACACUUCGACUAGCCAGCAAGGCCAGGUAUCAUUCCUUAGGACCUUUGCACCCCAGUUUCGAUAUCAACCGCAUAUUACGAGAUGCUCUUAAUGAAGUGCUGCCAGAAAAUGCCCACAAGAUUACAUCUGGGCGACUGCAUAUCUCACUGACACGGGUCUCCGACAGAAAGGCUGUGAUUAUAUCGGAGUAUGAGUCCAAAGAUGAACUUAUACAGGCCCUCCUGACCAGUGCCUUUGUCCCCCUGUACUCUGGCUUGGUGCCUCCCUCAUUUAGGGGCGUGAGGUACGUAGACGGUGGUUUGAGUGACAACAUCCCACAGCUAAAUAGUGAGACCAUCACCGUAUCACCGUUUUGUGGCGAGAGUGAUAUCUGUCCUAGAGAUUCCUCAGCUAACCUGAUGCACAUCACCUUGUCUAACACAAGCUUCCAGUGUUCUGGCGACAACCUGUAUCGCAUGAGUCGUGCACUUUUCCCGCCUCACCCAGAAAUCCUCAGUGAUAUGUGCCAGGAGGGUUUCGAUGACUGUCUCAGGUUCUUACAGAGAAACAAUCUGAUCUCUUGCACAAGACACCUCAGUGUUCGAUCCUCUAUCGUAUCUGUAUCCAAAGUGCUCUCAAAAGCUGCCUCUACUGACCCUAUAGAUGAUGAAGAUGAAUUAUCUUCAGGAGAUGAAACCUUUGACGAAGAGAUGAGCGAUUUAUGUGAGGGGAAUCAUGAGCAAGAUGAAGAAUGUGCGGACUGUAAAAAGAAGGUUCAGGUUGCUCUGAUAGACACCCUCCCACCUUCUGUAGUUGAAGCUUUUCAGGCAACUUAUGACUCAAUGAACAAGGGAAUUAUUGGCUGUGUGCGACAGAAUCGUGCAUGCCGUCUUAUAUUGGCCAUAAGCACCCCCUGGUUACUGCCUGCAGACAUCUUCUACACCUACACUCUAAGAGUACUACAGUACUUGCCCUCAUUGCCGAGUGAUGUACAGACUAUGUGUCAGGAAGGGAAAGAACUCCUACAGGCCUUGUUGUCCCACCUGUCCCGGCACAGCAGCAAGUAUACAGCAAGAUUCACUUGUCAGUUGGCAAUAACAGAAGUGAACUACCCCAGUGGUGGCGACAUAGAGAAAGCUCUUGCCUCCAACGAUCCUUUUCAACCCCACCCUGAGGAACCAAUCGUUCGCAACCUCAACAUUGGAUUUGCCGUUGAUUUCGAGACUGACCGCCCAAAUUCUAUCCAGUCCUUGCGUCACUUGGAGGGUAGAAUGGAGCACAUGGAUCUAAACGGGAUUGAACUUCAGUCGCAGGGACAGGGCCAGAACUUGCAUAUCAGUACCGACCUAGAGCAGCUGCAAGCCUCUCAGGUCCCAUGUCAGCUCAUAUUUGAUACCUUUGAACAGUGCCUUCACAUUUCAAAUGAACAGGAGUCUGUCAUGGCUUAUUACUAUAAGGAUGAAAACAAUUCCAAUACCUACAACUUUCAAGAGAUUUACAACAUUGACAAUGUUGAUAUGAACAUUCCAAAUACCAUUGACUUGAUGCAAUCUUCCAACAGCAGCAGUACCGUAAAGAUGUCAGAUGACAGCAAAGCAUCAUGGGAUAACUUCAUGGAAAAAAAUCCAAACCUUGAACAUGAAGUGGAUGAACACAUCCAACAUGAAGUAAGCCUGGUGCCAGCUACUGCAGUAUCAAUCCCAGGGUUACUAGGGAUGACUCUUGAUUCCUGAUAAUCUAUAUAAUUAGCAAGUGGAAAUUAAUGUACAAACUUAAAGAUGACUACAUAACUGUGCUAAAUGUAUAUAAAAAGGUAUUUAUUUUUUUCAUAAAUGAAAAAGUUACAUAUUUUUAGCUUAAAAUACUCAUCUAUUUUACAUAAAAAAAAAAUCAAAAGUAAUAUGAUAUCAGUGUAUACAUCUUCAUAGUCAAAGGUGUGUUAAUUUUUUGCCUCAUUAUGUGUAGAGUUAAAUUUCCUGAUGUUAUAUUCCUAGUCCUGAUGUUGUUAAUUUACUUGAUAUUUUGUUAUUGUUAAGUUUUAAGUGCAGACAAUACUUUUCUGAAUUAAUAUAUUAUGAAAAUUCCAUUAUAAAGUAUUGAUUUCUAUAACUUAAUGAAUCUUUCAAUGCUGUGUUCAACAAAAAAAUAACUUUCAGCUUCAGAUUUUCACAUUUUAAAGUGAUUUUUUAAGCUGAUAUUUGUGAUAUGAGUGUUUUAAUGACCAAGCCAUGGUUGCCUUGUUUUAGUUUCUGAACAAGUUUUAUCUAAAAAGCAAUUUUAAUACUGUAUUUACAACAUUUGAUGUUUAUAUACACUCAGGCUAUACAUGUUCAGGUCAAAAGUAAUGACAUAAUACACGAAUGAGUAUAUGGUUGACAUACCCAAUUAAUGUUAAAUAUAGAGUGCAUUGUUGGAUUUCCUUUUGUAGGAAUAUUGAUUGCAGAUUAUCAUUACUUUUUUUUUUUACAAAAGUAAAUGUUUAACAAAAUUAAACUUAACAGUUAUUAAACUAGUUCAGUUAACUUAUGAUAAUCACACUUGCUGGCCAGGAUGGUACCAUGUAGGUGGUCUAAAUAAACACAGUUGGUCAGACGGGUAAUUAACAGUGAUUUCUGCCAAUUGUACACCAUAGAAUUAACAGUCAUUAAAUGUAACAGAAUUAAGGGGUGCAUUUAAGGGAGUUUUAACAGGUUUUUGAUGACAUCUUUUAAUGGACUGUGUGUGCAGUAGUGUAACCCUUAACCUUUUCAUGUCUGAUAAGGGAAUAAUCAAAAUGUAUAAAUGUAGUAUCAAUAUAUCUACAGAAAUAAGCUGUAACAUUAAAAAAAAAAUAUAACCCCUAUUUAAUAACACAAUUAUCCAAUAUGCACACCAUCUUAACCUUUUCAUGUCUGACAACAGUCAAACCCUGGUCAUCUAUAUGUGAUGACAGGUUUCAGUGUAUCAAACUCUGGUCAUCUAUAUGUGACGACAGGUGUCAGUGUAUCAAACCCUGGUCAUCUAUAUGUGACAACAGGUGUCGUUGUAUCAAACCCUGGUCAUCUAUAUGUGACAACAGGUGUCAGUGUAUCAAACUCUGGUCAUCUAUGUGACGACAGGUUUCAGUGUAUCAAACCCUGGUCAUCUAUAUGUGACGACAGGUGUCGUUGUAUCAAACCCUGGUCAUCUAUAUGUGACGACAGGUGUCAGUGUAUCAAACCCUGGUCAUCUAUAUGUGAUGACAGGUGUCAGUGUCCACUGUUUCACCCGACCAUGGUUAAUGGAUAUAGAUGUCUAUUCAUGAAUAAAAUCAUGUGUUAAAGGAACGAGGGUAUGUAUACUCGGUCACACUUUUAUAAUCAAAACAUGAUAAAAUGUAUAGAUGUAGUGUCAAUAUAUCUACAGAAAUAAGUUAUAACAUUAAGCAUUUUUUAUGACCCCUAUUAACACAAUUAUCCAAUAUGCACACCAUCUUAACAUUUUCCAAGCCAGUUUAAGGUUUGGUUUUGAUAAUGAUUUAAUUUGUAAUUUUAUACACAGAGGAUUGUUAAUGAUGAAAAAUAAAUGUUGACUUUUCA